UCUUCUUUCACCUGUUCAGUCAUAGCGUCUGAAUUCCACUCUUCUUUGCCCUUGAUCCCGCAGAUACGUGACUGCGUUAUCUCAACUUCCUACCAACCGUCGACCUUCUGCAUACCAAUACCACAAUCUGUCUACUUUGGAGUCAACAUGGCAGUUCAAGACUUCGCAUCCGUUCUGAACGGAGUCAUGUGGGCUCAAGUAGUUAUCGCCAUCAUCUUUGUGGGAGCGCGCAUGUACACUCGACAUUACCUCAUCAACAACAUUGGAUGGGACGACAUAAUCAUGGGAGUGAACUUGGCCACACUCAUUGGUUACACAAUUUGUAUCUCUAUCGGUGUCUCUUACGGGAUUGGGAAGAAGUUUGCUGCUGUUCCCCUUGAAGACUACUCCAAAGCCAUCAUGUGGGAAGCUAUCGGCCAAGGUAUCUGCAUCAUGGGUAUCGCAGCAUCCAAAGGGUCCGUGGCACUGUUCUUGCUGCGAAUCGUUAAUUACCGUUGGCACAAGAUCGUUUUGUGGUUGUGCAUCGUCAGCACAACUACCCUUUGCGUAAUUACGACUAUAUUGCUAUUCGUGCAAUGCAAGCCUACAGCGUUCUUGUGGGACCGUUCGAUCGAAGGCGGAGUGUGUUGGUUGAACUUCACUGUUGUUGGGUUAACUAUGGGAUCAUGGUCUGCGGCGAUGGAUUUUGUUCUCGCCAUUCUCCCUUGGCACAUCAUCAUGGGGUUGAACAUGAAGCGCAAAGAGAAGCUCACGGUCGCAUUUGGUCUUUCAUUGGGCGCUUUCGCCGGAGUCUGCUCUGUCGUCCGCACAUACGAGCUCCAAACUCUAUCCUCACAAGCCGAAUACGUCUAUGACACAGUCCCCAUGCUCCUCUGGUCCUCAACGGAAGUGCUCGCCACAAUUGUAUGCGCCUGCAUUCCCGUUCUCCGCCCACUCUAUGUCAAAAUCAAAUACGGCUCCCGCGGCGAAUCGUCCAGCGGUCACUCCUAUCCCCUCAACUCAUACGGCAAGCCGGGAGACACCGGCGGCAUGGCCAGCGGCGGCUACAGCCACGACAAGAGCAAGAAUAAGAGCAAAGUAUACAUGGGCCCUGGCGGCAGCUUGCUGGAAGCGACAGUCAAGAUGGGCAGCGAAGAGAGCAUUUUGAGGGAGCAAAAACUUGCUUCGCCGCAUUCUCCUCAUCAUAUCUCGAGGGAUAUUGAAUCAAUGGGUGGUAUCAAACGCACGGAUGAAGUCGUCAUUGAGACGACGAGAAUUUGAGCGGUGGUCGCGGAGUAUCAUGACUGCAAUGAACUACUCAAACAUGAUGACGAAGAAGGAAUAACUCGAUCGGUUGGUCGGUCGAACGGAUAGGUGCCUCCAUCACUCGAUUACGCGGUUUCCGAGCUGCAUAUGCACAAAUAAAAUGAGGGUACUCGAGCAAGGAACAGAACCAGAGCGAAUACGAAAGAAAGGAAGAGAAGACGAUACCCAAACAACCCCUGCCUCGGGCGAAAACACCGCGCAGAACUACCCCACACAUCCACACCACUUGAAGUGGGGAAAACUGUCAAACUCUCUCCCACGGGUCCCGGUCCUGCAAGAUCUCAAUACAUUAAUCUCUUCAACUCACAGAUAUAUUAUGCAGCAACCCAUCCCCCCACCUAAAGUCGUAUCAUUCAUUUGUUAUAUCGCGCAUGAUACUCGGAUCACUGUCAUACCAUUAUACCCCCCCUUGUUACAUGCAAC